AUGAAAUUUCAAAAGAAGCACCCUUAUGUACCACCUAUAAUUAGCCACAUGCAUUUUCAAUCCAUUCGAAAGAAGUGCUACCACUUCCCUCCGCAAACGACCCUCGCGAAAUAUGAAGAUCAUCUGGAAUUUCAUUCAGAUGCUUUGCUCAAUUCGCUAUCGAUGAAAUCUAGAUUUAUACCGCUAUUCGCAUCGCUUGUGAUAACGUCCUAUGCAAGGCAACUCCACUUGGAUACAGGGUCCAAUGCUGUAUGUUUCGAAAUACCGAAUCCAACAACAAUUGAGAUAACGAAAACAUUAGGAACUGAACCAGUUCCAAUAGCAAUAUUUGAAUAUGGUCAGCGAAAUGCACUACAGGGCUUACCUAACUUUGACUUCUUGGUAACUGACGCGAAGCUAGAUGAGUAUUUUGAGUUUGGGGAGUUCACUUUCAACACAGAUUCUCCACUUGCGUUUGAUAAAGUCUUGGAGGAAAAUUUGAAAUUUGACGUUACACCAAAUGUUUGGUGUUUGUACUCCCCAAAAGUACUGUAUUACGAAUACAAAGUUGAGAUUGAAGAAUCGGGGUAUUAUGAAAAGGUUGAUCACCUAUGGUGGUUAGUUGUAAACACUUUGAUUAGUUUGUUUCUUGCUAGAUUGUUUAACAUUGGUGCAAAUCCUCCUAUGUUGUACAAAGCAGAAGUGAAUUUACAAUUGAUCAAAGUGGCAGUUUUUUUAAUUACCACUCUUUUGGUGUUUUUCAAUUUAGAUGUGGCAAAGUAUGCCGACUACAUCUCGGCAAGUUUGGAUGAUGUAUUUACUAUAUUGUUUCUUCUGGGUUAUGGACUCACGUAUGCUAAUGGUCAAGACCGUAAUACCAAAAGUAUUGCAUUCAUUACUUUAUUGUGUGUUAUACCUACUUUUGCAACAAGGUAUUUUGACUUGAAGAACGACAUACAAUACAUUCUGAUUAAUAAUCAACACUACAACGUUGUUCAGGGAGUAUUGGGGUCAGAAGUUUAUGAUGGGUUUGAUAGAGUGGCAAGACUAACACAAGAGAGUAUGAUCAACAGGUUAAGUGGAGCCGUUGCUCUCCUUUUUGCAAUUUCCAAGAUUGUAAAGAUUGGAUCUUAUGUAUAUGCUAUGCGAAAGACGUUAAAGCAAUUGUCAGUAACGAAUCCAGUUGCAAAACCUUACUACAUUUGGACCGUUGUAUUCUGGUUAUUUUUUUGGCUGUUGAUUAGUGUAGCAAUGGCACCAGACAUGUUCUACAAUUACACGAAUGUCACAAACUAUGCUAAAGUGUUGAAGGAGUUUUUAAUUUCUUCCAGACGAAGACGGUUUAUCACAUUUUUAUGGGAUGAGUCACACUGGAUUGUAUUCUGGUUGAUCUGGUAUGUUGGCAAAGGGUUAUUAGUAGAAAGCAAAGUAGAUAUAAAAGAGCAAAUAGAUUAA